UGGCUUUUCAGAGCCUCGCCAGCAGCCGGCGGCCAGAGUCCCAGACCGCGCCGACCGUGCGCUGCUCCUCCCGCCCUGCGCCGCCGGCCUCGUCCAUGUCUCAGUACGCCCCCAGCUCGGACUUCAAGAGGUCUUUGGACAGCAGUCCCGAGGCCAACACUGAGGAUGACAAGACCGAGGAGGACGUGCCCAUGCCCAAGAACUACCUGUGGCUCGCCAUUGUCUCGUGUUUCUGCCCCGCGUACCCUAUCAACAUCGUGGCUUUCGUCUUCUCCAUCAUGUCUCUGAACAGCUACAACAAUGGAGAUGUCGAAGGAUCCAAGCGGCUUGGGAGGAAUGCUAAGUGGGUGGCCAUCGCCUCCAUCAUUAUUGGCCUUAUCAUCAUCGGUGUUUCUUGUGCAGUUCACUUCUCAAGGAAAGCCUGAGCAUCCAGUGGUCAGCCUCAAGCAUGGAGGACGGACCUCAUCCACACACACCCCAAAGGAGUUUCUGAGGAACGGAUGCUCGACUUCCGACUGUGAGAUCUUUUCCUCCAGGACUCUCCAGAGGCAGGUCCCUGGCAAAUGAACUAAAAAAAAAAAAAAAAGGUCCAAAAUGUAGGAAAACCAGGCAGCACAGCCAUAUCAGCCAGUCAUUGAUUUAAAAAAGAAAAAAAAAAAUCAAGUCUCACUGUUUCAGUUCAGCAAAAGUUUUGUGCCCAUUCCUCUUCUCCAGAGGAGAGCCUUGGAAAUGUCAUUACUUUUAAUUGGGGGGUGGGGGGUGGGCAGAGGGAUUUUCAGAUUUGGGGUGAGAGGGAGGGUCUAGGAAGAGCAAUGGAUGCUGGUGUUUGCAAUGUCAAGUACAAACAUUUGCAGCAUGUUUAAAGUUGUCUAAUAGAGAUGAGUUUGUGCAUUUUUUCCCGUUUAUGUUUACAUGUUGCCACUUCCCUUCAAUCUUCAGUAGCUCCUCCCCCCUCACCAAAAGCACAGACGCAGAGGCCUUCUGGCCUUUUGUCUCGCUUUGUGGCCGCCUUCCCUCGCUUGCAUUCACCUUUGGUCCACUUGACCUCAACUUGACUUUUCACUCAAGCAGAUCUGAAACGUACUUUAGUGGUCAGUUCUAGGUACGCAAGCACCUUCCCCAUCCCAGUUUUGGGAAUAAACUGGCUGUGUUUAUGGAAUGUGCUUUUUUUCAAACUCUCUCUCUCUUUUUUUUUUUUUCUAGCAAGUCUUUGGUUUUCCUGGAUGCCACCUGGAAAUGUCACCCAUUGUAUCUGUUUUCUGUCAAAUGUAAACCCUUUAGGUGUGACUGUCCUGGUUUAAUGAUGCCAUUAUUCUGCCUGCCCGAGCACGCGAGCCCAGGGUUUCCCAGAAUGCAAGACGUACCGCUGGUGGUACACAAGAUCAUUUUUUAAGUCGUUUACAAACACUGACUCACAAGGAACGUUUCCCCUUCUCUGUCCUUUUUUCAGUCCUGAUUACAGCAGGGCGACAGCCUCUGUUUAGUGCUCAUAUGUCCUUACCACCUUUCUGAUACUUGUUUUUCCCUUAACAAAGAAAGAGCUGGCCUCUGGUUCAAAGUCUUCUGUCUCCACAGAAUUUAAUAACAUGGUUUUGUGUUUGCUGUGUUUCUUUUAUUAAUUACUUUCCAUGAAUGAUUUCCACUUAGGGAUUUGGUAUAGUAUCAUUUCUGUUCAAAUACAUUUACUUAAGAAAAGUGGACUCAAAGAAAAGAUCAAAUGAUUAACACAACAGGUGAUAUGUAUAUAUGGCCAAAAAAAAAAUCAGUUCAAGAAUUAAUAGUAGAAACACAGUGAUAAUGAACUUUCCUAAGCAAGAAAAAAGGCAGCUUGUUCUAAGUGCAUGAACGUGAGGCUGAGCGUCAAAACACCUGAGUUACAAUGCCAUUUUUUUUUUUGCCACUAACUAUGCAAACUGAUUUCAGGCAAGUUUCUUAGCCUCUCUGUGCCUCGAAUGUCUUCAUCUGGAAAAUGGAGAUAAGAACACCUGCCUACUUACCUCAGUGUUGCUAUGAAAAUUAAUCGCCAUGCUAGAUGUGAAUGCCCCUGGAGGGAACUUCUAAGUGCUAUAAAAUACAAAGCAUUGUUCUUAGAUUAUUGUGAAUUUCAGGCAUUGUUAAAAUCCUGGACCCUAGCAAAAAAAAAAAUCAGUGUUGAUGGACGUCAGAUUCCAUCUGGCAUUUCACCCAGCUGUCCAUCACGAGCCAGCCCUUGUCCCAGGAGGACACUGAAUCAGGGCCACGAAUUCUCAGCACACAGAGAUCCUAGCACCAUGCCAUUAGAGCAGGCCCUGAUUUCUGCUUCUGACAUCUAGGCUUUUGUUGGUUUGUUUGGCUCCCUGAUCUUUGACCCAAAUCAAAUGCAAAGUGUUGCUGAGAGGCAGAAUAAAAAUGGUUUUAAGUAA